ACUUCAAUGUUAGUGUCAUGGCCGAUCAUUUGAUCCUCUCUCUUCAACCUCCUCCUUUUCGGAUCUUCCCUUCUUCUCUUCACCGUCGAUGGGGUUUCUCUCGGAGAUUUCCCGGUGGAGUUAGCUUCUCCAAUCCCGAAUUCCGAUUGUCCACUCAACUACAGUUGGCAAAUUCUACUUCACCUUCAGAGUCUUGUUUAUCUUCCUCUUCUUCUCCGGAGAAGUUCGAUCUCGUGUCCAGCACUCAGCUCAAGGAUGGAAGCCAUGUCUUCAGAUUCGGGGAUGCAAGUGAAAUUGAGAGAAAUCUUGAGACUGAAGAAAAAGCGAGAUGCUUAGAGGUAGAAAAGCAACAUGCUAAGAUAGCAGAAGAAGCCAGUGAAGUUUCAAGGAAACAAUUGGUCGAUCUCGAUCCUGUUUCUGAAUUGGAAGGUCCCAAGGCAAAAUCUGAUGCGAGUGAAAAAACGGUCAAUUCUAACAUUGAAACAGUUUCCGAGAAAGAAGAAACAGUUGCUCCUGCCAGUCUCAUUAAAAUUAAGGAUCGCAAAAGGGUUCGUUCUCCUACUAAGAGAAAGAAAGAAACUUCAACUUCCGUGAAUGUAACUCGGAGCGAAGCUAAAGUUGAAGCCGAAAUUGCUCGCAUGACUAAUCUGAGCUCCAUGGUUAGUGUAGCAGAAGCUAUUCCUACUAGCUCUACUGAAGAAAAAGUCGUCCUUUCUAAAAAAUCUGAGCCGACCAAUGAGAAUGUAGAGCCUCUUUCUUCUCAAGUCAUGGAGAAAGUCUCAGUAAAUGAAAUAAGAGACUGUGAGCCAAAUGGUUAUCAACAACUCACUGAGAAUCCUGUGGAGGUUCAAGCAAGUCCGAUACCAUCUACUUCACAACAGGACUCACAAUUGAAUGAUCUCAAGGAAGUUGCGCGAGUAUCCGCCAUUGAACUUGAUGAAAAUUUGGAUGUUACGGAAAACACAAUGAAGACUUUUGCAGCUGAAGAAAAUCUUGUGGUUGAACCAACAGCUACAGCUGCUGUGCCUUCUAAUGAACUAAUUUCAACUUCAGCAGCUGCCGUUGUCGAGAUCGCUGAAACGCCUGUGAUUGAUACGUCUGAGGUGGCAAAUGACGGAGAAACUGUGGCUUCAACCGUAGAAGACGAAAUAACUGUGAGCGACACAAAAACUGAUAAUAGUAGCAUGUCUACAACCGUCAGUGACACAAAAGUCGAAGAUCACCAACUUCCUGCUCCUGAAACGCCCGGUCUUCAAUCAAUUGAAGUGGCUUCAGACAGAAAUAAUGAUGUCCAGGCAUUGGCAGGUCGGGAAGAUGCUUAUUUUAUCUCUCACGACAACUGGCUAGGUGUUGCCGAUGGAGUCUCUCAAUGGUCUUUUGAAGGAAUCAAUGAGGGAAUGUAUGCCCAAGAACUCAUGAGCAACUGUCAAAAGAUCAUAUCUGAUGAAACUGCAGAGAGAACUGAUCCAGUUCAAGUUCUCCAUAGAAGCGUCAGUGAGACUAACUCUCAGGGAUCAUCGACAGCCUUGAUUGCUCAUCUUGACAAUAAUGAACUCCACAUAGCCAAUAUCGGAGACUCGGGAUUCAUGGUUAUCAGGAACGGAACAGAAUUGCAGAAGUCGUCUCCAAUGUUUCAUCAUUUUGGUUUCCCCUUGCAAGUUACUCAAGGCGAUGAUGUUCUAAAACUUGCAGAGGUUUACCAUGUAAAUAUGGAAGAAGGAGAUGUUGUCAUCACAGCAACUGAUGGACUCUUUGACAACUUGUAUGAGAAAGAAAUUGUUUCAAUAGUAUGCAGGUCACUGGAUCAGAGUUUGGAACCUCAGAAAAUAGCAGAGUUGGUGGCUACAAAGGCACAGGAGGUGGGACGAUCUGAGACAGAGAGAACGCCAUUUGCAGACGCAGCUAAAGAAGAAGGAUAUGAUGGGUACAAAGGUGGUAAAGUUGAUGCUGUUACUGUCAUCGUUUCACUUGUUAAAACCCUCUCUAUC